AUGGGGGAGCGACGCAAGCUCGGCGAUGUCGCCAUGGACAUUUUGCUAUUUGCUGGCAUGAUGACCGCUGGCCUGUACGUCGCCCGAAACUUUCUUAACCCAAUCCUCAGCAACCUCGCCGAUCCCGACAAGGAGAAGCACGAACAAGCUAGGCGCCAAGCGAAGGCACAUCUGGAGCGGUUAAACCGACAAAAACGAGAUGGAAGCGAAUUUGAAGACGAGAGCAGCGAUUCGUUACGAGGGCCGGACCUUGUUCUGAAUGAAUAUGAGAACCUGGUUGCGCUUGAGAUGGUUCCGCCUCAGGACCUCUCUGUUGGAUUCGAUGAUAUUGGUGGAUUGGAUACCAUCAUCGAGGAACUCAAGGAAUCAGUCAUCUAUCCCUUGACGAUGCCUCAUCUUUAUUCACACGCUGCGCCACUGCUUUCUGCCCCCUCGGGUGUGCUGCUGUACGGUCCGCCUGGAUGUGGAAAGACAAUGCUGGCCAAGGCCGUCGCCCAUGAGAGCGGCGCGUCUUUUAUCAAUCUGCAUAUCUCGACUCUGACCGAGAAGUGGUAUGGAGAUUCAAAUAAGAUUGUACGAGCUGUCUUCUCUCUUGCCCGCAAGAUGCAGCCCGCUAUCAUUUUCAUUGAUGAAAUUGAUGCGGUGCUCGGAACCCGAAGGAGCGGCGAGCAUGAGGCCAGCGGCAUGGUGAAAGCAGAAUUCAUGACCCUUUGGGAUGGACUGACGUCUGCAAACUCAUCGGGAAUGCCCGCUCGCAUCAUGGUUCUCGGAGCCACAAACCGCAUUAACGACAUCGAUGAGGCUAUCCUCCGUCGAAUGCCAAAGAAGUUCCCUGUCACAUUGCCCGGCACUGCGCAGCGACGACGGAUCCUGCAGCUUAUCUUGCAGGACACCAAGACAGACCCCGAAAACUUUAGCCUGGAUUAUAUCGCAAAUGUCACUGCUGGACUUUCGGGAAGUGACAUUAAGGAGGCUUGUCGAGAUGCCGCCAUGGUGCCUGUGCGGGAGUAUAUGCGACAGCACCGACAGAGCGGCCAGGCAAUGUCGACCGUUGACCCGACGCAGUUCCGGGGCAUCAGGUCGGACGACUUCCUGGGCCGUGAGGGAGGUCAGAUCAAGUUGCAACCGACCCGACGACCUGCCAGGACGGGGGUUGAGGAGCUUAUUCCGGAGGAGCAGGAUUAG